GAAAUUUUUUAAUACUAGUUUUGAAUGCAACCAGGGAAUUUUUGUUGCCUGAUCAGUAAACAGUUGGUCACCCUGUAAACAGGUGACAUUGCCUUUUUUACUAAUAUUAUUGGGAGCAGUUGUGACAGUGCAGUUUUUCAGGUUAUGUUCGUUGUAUCAUGGAUAUUCCUGAAAGGUUGACUUUGGAUGAUAUAUCCAAUGCUCUGUUGGAGGAUGAUGAUGUUCUUACUGGCUGUAUCACUAUUAUCCCUUCUGGAACACAAUCAGAUGAAGAUAGUGGGGAAGAAGAUGACAAUAACCUAGAUCGACUUCCUCGUAACAUUCUUCUUUCUCAUGCUGAAGCUACAGUAAAGCGAUUAGUCGAUGGAGAAAUUGUUAAAACAGGUAAUACCUUCACUUACUAGUGCAAAUAACGACAGCAGUUCUGUUGAAGGAGAUGACAAAGAACAAAAUGAAGCUAAUAGGCCUAUCGGAUCUAGUAGUUUCAAAGGUUAUAAAACCUCCAGUUCCAAACACACUGCUGACAGUGUAGGCCUAAAUCAACCUAGGAAAGCAAAAGAAAUUAAAAAGCGCAACUGGUUGCCAACAGAUGUUUCUUUACAAAUAGAAGAAGAGUUUGAAACUUCCUGAAUGGCUUCAAAAUUUUGAAAGCACCAAUCCAAUUAGUUAUUUUGAAUUGUUUUAUGAUGAGGAAGUUCUUGAUUUAUUGUGUGAUUUUUCAAAUUUGUAUGCUCUUCAAAAUGGUGAACCAAAUUUCAAACUCAGCAAAAACGAAUUGCGCGUUUUCUUAGCAAUUCUUUUGAUAAGUGGGUAUAGUCAAGUGCCUAGAUUACGAAUGUACUGGGAUGAAAGGCCAGAUACAAACAACAAGGCUAUUUCAGAGGCUAUGUCACGCAACAGAUUCAUUCAGAUUAUGAAAUACCUACAUGUUUGUGACAACAACAACUUGUCAAACAGUCGUUUUGCGAAGGUAAUGCCUCUUUGGAAUCUGCUAAAUGAUAAGUGGUUAAAGUGUUUUCCAAAUGAAGUAAACUUGUGUGUGGACGAGUCAAUGAUUCCAUACUAUGGACGUCACGGUGGAAAACAGCACAUGCACAACAAACCAAUACGUUUUGGGUUCAAGGCAUGGUGCCUCUGUACCCGUUUGGGUUAUGUUGUUCAAUCAAAACUCUAUGAAGGAUCAAAAACAGGAAUAACAAACACAAAUGUAGGGCUAGGAGGUUCAGUUGUGUUGGAUCUGAUAGAAAAUCUAAAAGGCAGCAGUUACAGUAUUUAUUUUGACAAUUUCUUUACAAGUGUUCCGCUUUUGGAAACACUCAAGCAAAAAGAUAUUCAUGGUACUGGAACCAUAAGAGCAAAUCGUACCGAAAAAGCCCCUCUGACAGAAGUAAGAUCAAUGGCCAAAAGAGAAAGAGGAACUUGUGAGUCUGUAACUGAUUCAGCCUCGGGCGUUACAUUGGUGCGUUAUAUGGACAAUAAUGUAGUCACAAUGGCAUCAACAAAAGCAGGUAUCAACCCUAUGUCUAAGGUUAAGCGUUAUAGUCAAGCUUUGAAGAAAUAUGUGUAUGUAAAUCAACCUGCUUCAGUAGUUAUGUACAACACUUAUAUGGGUGGAGUUGACAGAAUGGAUGAAAAUGUAGCUAAAAUGAGAGUAAACAUUAGAGGGAAAAAAUGGUACUGGCAACUGCUUUCAUUUUUACUAAACGUAUCCGUCAACAAUGCUUGGCAGCUCUACCGUUGGGUAGAAAAGAGUAAACCUCAGCAGCUUGAUCUCCUAAACUUUACAAGGACAAUAAGUUUAGCUUACUUGCAGAAAUACUCAGAACGAUUGGCAAUUGGUAGACCACCCCGACAAGUACUGGCAGUUCACAAGAGGGUGACAUUGGAAGUCCGUUUUGAUGGACAGAACCAUGUAAUUGUGAGUAAUAAUAAACAAUCACGGUGUGGACAAUGUAAAAAAAAUGCAAGAAUGAAGUGCAGAAAGUGUAAUAUUGCUUUGCAUACUCAUUGUUUUGAAGUCUUUCACAACAAAGCUUAGGUAUUAAUUCAUAAUUACAAUAAUGUAAAUAUGCCAUUAAUAAAAUGUGUGUGUUUUUAAAUGAAAUAUUAUGUGUUAUGAAUGGAUAUGAUUAAUUUUAA